AUGCCGUCCACUCCGCCAGUUCUGAUUGUUGGCGUGAAUCCGAUCGUGAGAGUUGUUGUGCCACUAUUGCGAGCAUUUGGUUUUCAAAUCAAUCAUCUAUGGUCACCCUAUCGCUUGACCACAGAUCUUGUUGCUUUGUGUAAAGAUACACUAAACAUCGAACUAUCCUCUUGUUCAACACUUUCAUUCGAUCAACUACUCGACAAUGCAACACAACCGUAUCUAAUUUUUAUUUGUACAGAUGCAGAUCAACAUCUCGCAUUGAUCAAACGAAUUACCAAUCCAUCGAUUAUUAAACCAUGUCAUCAUCAUGUGAUUUGUAUGCCACCAUUCAAUGUCGAUCCCAAAUCGCUUAUAUCAGUUCAGCAAGUUCAACAACAAUUAUGUUGUUAUUGUUAUCCAGUCGGAUUUUUGCCGACAUUUAUUAAAUUGAAACGCUUUCUAAUCGAAGAACAAGCAAAUAUCGGCAAUGUUCAAUCAAUUGAAUUUCGUAUUCAAUGUUGUUCGCUAAAAUCCUGUUCUGAUGAUCGAAUUAAUAGUAGUCUUCUAAAUCGAUUUGGUUCAUUUGCUCUUUCAAUUCUAUUCUAUCUCUUUGGUACACAAGCUUUGUCAACGAUAAGUCAUGCUUAUAUACAAUCACCAAACGAAACCACAUGUUCAUUUCAUAUAAAUUAUAAUCGUUCGACACGUUUACCACCCGUAUUUGUGAACAUCGUAUCGAAUUCACACAUAUCAUCAACGUAUAAUCAAGAAUUGAUCAUUGUUGCAUCGAAAUGUGCAUUGCUAGUUAAUGAUUACCGGUUAAUUUUGCGUCGCUUUGACACUGAAGAUCAGAUUUUGAUAGAUUCGUUUCAUUCGGAUACAAAUGAAAAGUUCGCGGAUUUUUCCAAACAGAAUCCGGAAAUUCCUUUGAUUUUUAUUCAAUCAUUCUACUAUUUCAUUGGGCACCUGAAAGAAUCCCUGAUCAAUCAAAUGCCUCGUUCAACAUUUACUGAACUCACAUCUUUCGAUAUCGUUUAUAAAGUUCAAGAAGCAAUAGUAGCGAUACGCGAAGCAGCGCGCACCGGUGAAAUUGUGCCGAUUACAAGAAAUAAUAAAACUAUGCAAUGUCAAGUUUGUGAUGAGAACAAGAAUGCUCCCUAUAGAUGUCCGAAAUGCCGAAUCCGAUAUUGUUCACUUUCGUGUUGUCAAAAACAUAAAUCUUCCGACGUAUGCACGGCAGUCAACACUCAAUCCAAAUCAACAGAAGAAGGUGCGUCAUGGGCCGAUGUGCCUAUGACACAAACUCAAUUGCCGAUCGAACUCGGUGACGAUGAAGAAAGUGAUCGCCUGCCAAGUCAUAUGCUCGAACGAAUUGAUCAGUCAGUGCAAAUAUUGGACUUAUUAAAAAAUCGUCAUCUACGAACAAUGAUCAAAUCAUUAGAUAGUUCGAUUAGUCCAGCUGAUGACAUGCAAAAAGCAAUGAUGGAACCAAUCUUUGUUCAAUUUGUUGAUGAACUAUUAAAAAUUGUAGAAAUUGAUGGUAAACUUUGA